UAGCUGAAAAGCCUCUUUGGGAGGUUUUCAAUUAGAAUCAACAACCUUGUAUUAGACUCCCUGAACUCAGAAGAACCCCCUCAAACUCAAGAGAGAUGCCCAAAUUCAGUAGAGUUCUUAAACUUAAGAGAAGCUCUGUGCUUUAGAGCCCACAAAAAAACCCCAAACUUUAGCCAACUUCCAAGCUGAAAAGCCCCUCAAAUUCAGUAGAAUUCCCAAACUUGAUAUGAACCCUCCCCCACCAAAUUCAGUAGACUCCCAAAACUUUUGAUCCCCUAACUCAAUAGGAUUCUCAAGCUUAACCACCUGUAAGAAAUUCCCUAAACUUAGGAGAAUUUUCUAACUCAGUGGAACCCCAAGUAGAGUAGACUACCUUAAACUCAUUGGAAACCUUAAGCUCAUGGGUACCUCAAAGUCAUCGUAACCUCUGAAUCUAAGAUCCCCCAAGCUAAGGGUAUCCCCCUAAACUCAGGAAAAUUUGAUCCUCACAAUUUACUGCCCAAACCCAAACUCACGAUUUACCACCGAAACCCAAAGGUACCCCAAAAUUCAGGAGCCACCCACCCAAACUCCAGAAAUAUGUUCAGGAUUUUAAAUGCUCCCACCAAUGAGGGCGUGGUAUGGCUCAGAAUUCUAAAGAUCCAGCCAAUGGGAGCAUGGCAUGCAAAUGACCCCAUUAAGCCCCAUAAUUGACUGGCAGCCCCAGGUCACAAAGGGUGGCCUUGGCUGGGCUCUGGAAGCCCUUGAAAGCUCAGGAAAAGUAUUCCUGGGGCUAGGUCCCAGGCAAGGUGGUGCCAAGGGAGGGUUGGGCAAUGGAGCCAGAGACCACCCUUCCCUCUCUCAUCCCAGCGAAGCCCCCCCCAACCAGCAGUCUUGGCCACCAUGGGGAUGCCUUCUCCGCCCUAGACUGUUCCCUGGGCGUCCCGGGCAGGAAGCAGCUUUCCCCAGCUUCCUCACCCCACUUCCUGACUUCCUAUGCCACCCUCCAGCCAAACCUGGCGAUCGGACUCGGGCCAUCCCAUAGCCCUGGGCCGGCCCCAGGGUCCCCGUUCCAGCCCACCACCUCCCAGAAGAAUUCCUAUGUCUCUUUUGGCUUCCCUCCUCUGAGCAGCCAUCAGUGUGACACCCAAAAGGUGUCUGUCCUUUCUGACAAACAGAAUGAAGUUGAGAUCCCAUCACCCACAAUGAAGGAGCGAGAAAAACAGCAAGCGCCGCGACAGAGACCCUCCCAGCAGCCCCCGCCCCCUGUGCCGCAUCUCCAGCCCAUGUCUCAGAUCACAGGGGUGAAAAAGUUGACACAUAGCAGCCUGAACAACUCUAGCAUCCCCCGCUUCGGGGUGAAGACAGACCAAGAAGAGCUCCUGGCGCAAGAACUGGAGAACCUGAACAAGUGGGGUCUCAACAUCUUUUGCGUGUCGGAUUAUGCAGGAGGUCGCUCCCUAAGUUGCAUCAUGUAUACGAUAUUCCAGGAGCGGGACCUGCUGAAGAAAUUCCGCAUCCCUGUGGACACGAUGGUGACAUAUAUGCUGACGCUGGAGGACCACUACCACGCCAACGUGGCCUACCACAACAGCCUGCACGCGGCCGACGUGCUACAGUCCACCCACGUGCUGCUGGCCACGCCUGCCCUGGAUGCCGUGUUUACGGACCUGGAGAUUCUUGCCGCCCUGUUUGCGGCUGCCAUUCACGACGUGGAUCACCCUGGGGUCUCCAACCAGUUCCUCAUCAACACCAAUUCGGAACUGGCGCUCAUGUACAACGACGAGUCGGUGCUCGAGAAUCACCACCUGGCUGUGGGCUUCAAGCUGCUGCAGGAGGACAACUGCGACAUCUUCCAGAACCUCACCAAGCGCCAGCGGCAGAGCCUGCGCAAGAUGGUCAUCGACAUGGUGCUGGCCACGGACAUGUCCAAGCACAUGACCCUCCUGGCUGACCUGAAGACCAUGGUGGAGACCAAGAAAGUGACCAGCUCGGGGGUCCUCCUGCUGGACAACUACUCCGACCGCAUCCAGGUCCUUCGGAACAUGGUGCAUUGCGCGGACCUCAGCAACCCCACCAAGCCACUGGAGCUGUACCGCCAGUGGACAGACCGCAUCAUGGCCGAGUUCUUCCAGCAGGGCGACCGUGAGCGUGAACGUGGCAUGGAGAUCAGCCCCAUGUGCGACAAGCACACGGCCUCCGUGGAGAAGUCGCAGGUGGGUUUCAUAGACUACAUUGUGCACCCGUUGUGGGAGACAUGGGCAGACCUUGUGCACCCAGAUGCCCAGGAGAUCCUAGACACAUUGGAGGACAACCGGGACUGGUACUACAGUGCCAUCCGGCAGAGCCCUUCACCACCGCCCGAGGAGGAGCCAGGGGGGCUAGGCCACCCACCCCCACCCGACAAGUUCCAGUUUGAGCUGACGCUGGAGGAGGAAGAGGAGGAGGAAACAUCUACAGCCCAGAUACCAUCCCCGGCCCAGGAUGCAAUGGAAGGCCAGGGAUUGUCCACCACUGAGGAAGGAUCCCCAGCUCCGGAUGAGACCUCAGCCCAGCCUGCAUUCUCAGCAGAGGAACAGGACAUGUCUCCGGAGAUCGAGGUAGAGGAGGUGUAUGUGAUAGAGCAGCCACACUCAGAAGGCAGUGCACCUAUAGCCCUGGAUGAGCCCAUAUGCCAGGAGGGAUCGGUGGAUGCCGUAAGCUGCAGCAGCCCCCCUGCCCUGUGUCUUGGAAGCCCCCUUCUGCCUGCCUUGAGGACCCCGUCCAUUUCAGAGGAGGCCCCGGGCCUCCCGGGCCUCCCCUCCAUGGCGGCCGAGGUGGGGGCCCAAAGAGAGCAUCAGGCUGCCAAGAGGGCUUGCAGUGCCUGCACAGGGACCUCUGGGGAGGACCCCCCGACACUUCCAGCUCCUGGCGACUGGGAGUCAGGCAGAGACCCCACCUGAGCCCUAGCCCCUGCUCCCUGUGGCCCUCCCUGCUCCCCUGCCCCCACCUGCCCCCACGACCACCUCUUCCUCCGCUGCCUCAAAGACACUUGGCCCUCCUGAGAAAAAAGAAAACAGAAAAGUGGGUUUUUUUCUCUUUUCUUUUUUUCCCCUUUCCCCCCGCCCCCACCCAUGGGGCCCUUUUUUGGAGGUGGGGGCUGGGGAACGAGGGGCUGAGGUCCCGGAAGGGAUUUUAUUUUUUGAAUUUUAAUUGUAACAUUUUUAGAAAAAGAACAAAAAAAAAAAGAAAAAAAAAAAAAGGAUGCAACACAGCAACUGUAGACGCUCCUGUUCCUGGUUCUCCUUUUCCACCUCCAGACCCCUCCCCUCCUCCCUUCCCGCCCCUGUCCCCCAAGUUCAAGACUGAGUCUUCCGGGCCUCUUAGACCUCUGCACUUGGGCCCAACAGGCUGUGGCACCUCAUUCUAGGCUUUUCUUCUGAAUUUCAGAGGGUCUCUCGAAACCAGCCAGGAAAAGCCAUUCUGGGCAGGGCUGGGGGACGGUGGGGACGGGUUUCACUCUGGGAGGCCCCAACUCCAGCCCCUCUCUGGCUCCUUGUCCCCCCCCAACAAAAGUCUUCCGCCUCAUUUUGCACAACCCCGGCAAUACUGACUAGGGGGUCAUCGAGCCGGGGGAGCUGUUCACUUUAGGACGCAGGGGGUGGUGUAGCAGGGGGUGGUGUGGUCAGAAGGGCCUCAGGCCUGAGAUUUGAGGAGGGCCUGACCCCCCUUGCUUGCCACUCCCUUUCCCCUCCCACUUUGGGUUCACUUUGAAUUUUCUCCGUUUGGGGGGGGCGGCUCUGAUCCGCACAUACCCCUCCCCCCUUCCAGCUGCUUGUCCUCUUGUUUCUGCCUUAAUGAUUUCCUUGGCCAUAGGAGAAGGGGGUUGCAGUGGCUGCCACCUGCACCUUGUGUGCAGGCCCAGAGCCCCCAUCCUGGCUGUCCCCCCCGUUUCCCAGCGUCCUCCUUACUCCCUUCCAGACUCUGACCAUAGCCCCCAACCCUUUGCCCUAGGAGGAAGCAAUAAUGGUAUAUACCCUCGUCCCCCAUCCUGGGCAACUGUUCCCACCCUGCCACCAAAGUAAUUUCUCCUUUGGCCUAACCUUGCCUUGCCGAUCCUCUCCCUACCCCCCCCCCUCCACCCCCAGCUAGCCCCUGAGCAAUACGACAGACAGAUGCAAGGCCAUUUUUCUCCAAGCCAUGGGGGACUGUUUGGAAGGAAAGACCCCCUCCCUAGCCCCCAGCCCCCGUCCCCACACCCCUCAGCCUGGUUCUGCCACUAGGCAGAGCAGGGACUGUCUCAUUCAUUGCCUGCCCCCACCCAAUCUGAGCACACGGUACUGUAGCCCCCAAUUUCUCCCUAGCCUUCCAUCUGUCUGUCCCCCCUACCCCAGUGGGGAGUAACCCCCACUUCCCCCUCCCCCACGAUGCUGUACAGGGUUCAUUUUUGUAGCGAAAGUAGUUUCCGUCCCAGCCGGCAACCGGAGUGGGCCUUUUCCUUCCUUUCUUUUCGUUCGUACUUUUUCUUUUUUUUUUUUUUCUUUUUUCUUUUUGUACAUAACUGUAAGGUUGGUUUGUAAAUUAUUCUACAGAGGCAAAAAGGGAAAAUAAACUUGCCCUUCCCUGGCUAACCCUGUCGGGAAGGUAGGGAGGGGGUCUCCCAGAAAGAGAGACCCACUCCUGCUGUAUUAUACAAAUUGUACCAUAGUCCUGGGGACGGGUGGACUCACUACCGCUGCUGUUUUUACGGGAAGUCGUGUCAUCACAGGGGGCGAGCACUAGGCAGAGCCUGCCUCCUCCCCCUUCCCCAAGAGCCAGGGGGUGACUGGUGAGACAGACCCCCACCCCAAUCAGGGCUCCUCUCCCCAGGGUGGGCGCAGGACCCUGUGAGCUGCUUGUGUGUUGUCCACUUCGGCGAUCAAUAAUUCGGUCUGUUGAUCGAUAAUCCUUCAAUCUUGUCUCCAAUUAAAUUGAGGCUUUCACUGAU